CUCUUCUCUUUAAUGGACGUAUCAGAAAAUUCUGACAUGCAAGAUCCUUCAUCCAGCUAUGCGUUGGACAAAUAAGGACGAAGUUCGUCCUUGGCGGGUAUUUCUCAACCACUCGUCACCGCCAUCAAGGCAGGUUUCUCCUCGCUGGCGUUUGCGGUGAGUCGAUGAUUCAGCCAUCCUCUGCCACUGUUUCAGCUUCCGUCUAUGUCGUAUGUUGACUUGGACUCAUACCCGUCACAUCCUGUUGAUCCGAUGUCGCCGGUAUCUUCGGCUUCAACGAUGCGGGGGAAGUGGAAGCCAAGACCACCAUCGAAAACAGAAACACACACGCACAGAUCGACAUCGAUAUCAUGUCAAAAAGAGAACUACCACUGACUGUGACACCAGCGGAAAGGGGAAAGUAAACAUGCGAUACGAUCAUCCACUGAGAGUUCUGCCCACACCUCCAUUACCGGGAGUCGAGCGAGUGAAGGCUUUUCUCAAGUGCCGACGGCUUCGGAAAUGCAGGGUGACAUGUGCUGAGUUGUCGAAUCUUGAGUUGACGGACAGGGGGAAGAGGAGAAAAUACUGCUUUCCUGUCUCCUUCGCACACGAGACUGGAAUUCCUGGAUGCAAGAGUGGGAAUAAUGCAGAGCCGUGCCAGCAAAGAGUACAAGGCGUAACCCUACGGCGCAAAGACGCAACCUGCUUAUCUCUUCAUAUUAGAUAAGGAUCGACGACGCAACCUUAUCCUUAUUGUCGCGAAUGGAGACGAGAAGACGCUAUUC